CUCUCUGUCUCUCUCUAUCUGUAACAGUAGUGUUGGUUGAAGUUUGAAGGAGGAAUAAUUGAGAGCGUAAUGGCAGAAAUGCUGAGUGAAGAACAGAUUGUCGAGUUCAAAGAAGCGUUUUGCUUGUUUGAUAAAGAUGGAGAUGGUUGUAUUACUGUGGAAGAACUGGCGACGGUGAUUCGGUCGUUGGAUCAGAAUCCGACGGAGGAAGAGCUUCAAGAUAUGAUCAGCGAGGUGGAUGCAGACGGCAACGGAACCAUAGAAUUCGCAGAGUUCUUGAACCUCAUGGCCAAGAAGAUGAAGGAAACUGAUGCGGAAGAGGAACUGAAGGAGGCGUUCAAGGUGUUUGACAAAGAUCAAAAUGGCUAUAUCUCAGCGAGUGAGCUGAGGCAUGUAAUGAUAAACUUAGGAGAGAAAUUAACAGACGAGGAAGUGGAUCAAAUGAUAAAAGAGGCUGAUUUAGAUGGUGAUGGCCAAGUUAAUUUCGAUGAAUUUGCCAAGAUGAUGACCACCAUUGGUUGAAUUUAUUUCCUAAAUUAUAUUUCUUAUUAUUCAAUUAUG